AACGUAGUGGAGAUAGGUUAUAGCUGUAUAUAAGGCACUUCCGGUUUGUCGAGAAGGACAGACAUUUUACGCAGUCAGAUGGCAAAUAGACGGCGAAAUAUAUACGGAUUGCGAUUGAGGGUCUCGUAGCAUUCCUCGAUGCACAGCAAGAUUUCAUAGAACGAGCGAGAAUCAUACUCAUUAUCAUAGGAAAUGUUCCAUUUCUUAUGCAUCACAUACAACGUGAACAUUUAUUUACCAUAAAACGGAUUUAAUUUUUCUCAAAUGUGAGUGGCCUUCCUAUUUUCCAAUAAACAAAAAAAGAGUUUACAGCAAUCAGAGAGAAAAACGCGAUAAAAGAUUGAAAGUAGCAUAACUUUCGUCGAAAAGUCCUGAAAAAUUAUCUUUAUUUCACGGUUUCGUUGCGUAAUUAAUCGUUAAGUCCGACUUCGAGGUGAAUCAUGUCGAGAGUAGUGAUGACGUAAUCAUAUAUUAUAUAUGUACGUGGACUUGAAGAUAUAUCUCGCGCUACAAAAAUCUCGGAAAAGUAAGCGCGUAUAAGUGUCGAUCUAACCCGAAGAAAUAGAGGGCUAAUAUGAGAAAAAAUAGGCACGAUGAACGUAUGUCUGGUCCCGAAGAUGCUCUGAAACGUCUAAAAUCCCAGCAAAAUGCCACGUAUAGACCCAUUAUCCUUACUUAAAUGCCUCAGCGUGUUGUUGGGUCCAACAGGAGGCAUUAAGAGUAAAGAAGAAGUUCAUCGCUUAGCUAAUUUAAUGACAAAGUUUUCUAAAAAACUUGUCUCAAAAUGCAUUUAUAUACAAAUAUUGAAAACUACUAAUACGGAUUUGCUUAGCCAAUUUAUGAGUGCUGGAGGAUGGAAUCUUAUUCACACAUGGCUUACUGAUGGCAUUCUUGCCAAGAAUUGGGCUCUUAUUCAAGAACUCCUAGAACUUCUCCUACUCUGUCCAGUAGAUAUUGAAAGAUUAAAGAGUAACAAUUGUCCAAAGCUGAUUAAAGGCUUGUCAAAAGAAGGCAGUCAUCAGGGUGUACGAACAUUAGCCACUCGACUUGUGGAGCAGUGGCUAAAAAUUGUCAAAGGAGAAGCGGCGCCGAAUUCAGUACCAGCCCAAAUCAUGACGGUUCCAGUGCAAUCUAAUACUACUGCAGGACAAAUUGCAGUUAUUCCUUCGUCGCAGCAACAUUAUUUAUUAAAUUCUCAACAAACUCUUGACAUUGCUGAAACUGUUCAUGUUCAAGACUUCAAGCUUGUGCAAUCAUCUACCACUAGUACUACAGUAAAUCAGAUUCAGCAAGAUCAAGAGAAGCAGCAACAAGAAAGAUUACAGUCACAAACGAUACAAGUUGGUAAAGGCCAGCAAGCGACGCAACAACAAACUAAAAAACAAUCUUUUGUUGUUGUAACAACGUCUUCACAAUCAGUUCCUGUGUACAAGAUUACCAUUCGCGAUGGUAAUCAAGUUCUCGCUAAGGUGGAGACGGAUGUCACGAAUAUAAAUAGUGUUUUAAGCAAAUCUGGUACAAAUGCAGAAGUAGUUAUAAACACUGUGGAUGCUGCGCUUCCUGCUUCACAAGAAGCAAGGCAAGAAACAGAGGAGGUAGAGGAGACAGGACAAAGUGGUAGUGUGACUAGUGGUCAAGAUGAAACAGUAGACAUUGGACUAUCAGACAAUUCAGGACAUGUUUCUAGUGAUGUGAAACAGACUAUAGUUAGUUCUAAAGACAUUCAAGAUAUUGAAGGUGCUAAAAGUAAAGAUAAUAAAGACUCUAAGGAUAUUAUUAUUAUUAAUAGUGAUAGCGGUAAAUCUAGUGACAAGGAAAAUAGAGACUCUCAUAAAAAAGAUGAUAAGAAAUCUAGUUCUGACAAGAAAAGCAGUACUCAUCAUCACAGUUCGUCUUCAUCGUCUAAAAGUUCUUCUAAGCACAGCACGAGUUCCAGUACACAUCGUAGCAGCUCAACAUCCCACAAAUCGAGUAGUCAUCGUUCUAGUUCCAGUAGUAAAAGCUCCAACUCUAGCAAAGAUAAGUCUUCCAAGGAAAAAGAUAAACAUCACUCUAGCUCAUCCAGUAAGCACAGUUCAAGUAAGAAUAAAUCUGAACGUGACAAGGAACGAGACAAAGAAAAGCAGAAGAAAGAUCAAGCGGAGAAGGAUAAAGCGACUUUGGAAAAAGUGCAAGGUCAAGCGUUGAGUUCCAAGUUGGGCAAAAUACCGAAGAAACGAACGGAGGACGAUACAAACGGAAGAAAGUCUUCAACUGAGUCGCGAGAUGGCACGAAGGAAAAUAAAGAGAAAGUAGAUAGUAGUAAAAAAGAUACUGUUACAAAGCUAACUACCGAGAAGAAAAAUAUAUCCAUUUCUAUUGAGAAUAGGAAAAAUAGUCAAGACUCUACGACACGGCCGAAAACGGUGAAGACAUAUAAUUCAAAGUUUAGAUCCACGGGACUAGAGGAAGAAGUAAAACCACCACCACCGAGAUCGAAGAAACCAAAUCCUGCCGUUGAUAAGAAGGUUCUACCUCCGAAAUUUCCCUUGAAGAGGCCAUCGCCAAUAAGAGAAACCAUUCCGAUAGUGGAAAAACGGGUGAAACUAUCACUAGACUCGCCAACAACACCACCAAGCGAUGAAAAGAAGGGAGGGAUUAAACUGAUACCACCAAAACCAAAACCAAUGAUGCUACAAGAAAGUGACAUGUUCAUGGACGCCCUUACUGCGUCUACCAAGAGUAAAGAACCGAGGAAGCGUAAGCGUAGGACUUCUAUCACGAAGGAUGGAUCUUCGGAAGCGAAGAAACAAGAAAUUGCUAACACUGAUAAUCGCGAAAGUACACCACCACCUUCGCCCACGAAUGUCGAAGAGAAAUCUUCAGUAGCCCUUAAACCUAAUUUCAAGUUCUAUCAAGAUACGCUCGAAAUUGAAGAAGACAAAGAUCAAAGAGAAAAAGAAAAUAGUGAAGAAGACUUGAAAAAAGAUAAAGAUGAUUUGAAGAUGUUUGAUGAUGAAAAAGAUAAUAGAGAUGAUGAUGAUAGCAGAAGUAACACACCCACACCUGAGGAAGAUGUGGAAGAGGUAAAAGAUUCAGACUCACCAGAAGAUGCAUGUUCCGUGAUUUCAAAUUCAUUGAAGAAGGAUAACAUUAGUCCUUAUCCCGAAAUACGAUAUGUAGAUGGACUUAAAAGUGUUUUAUUACUUCAGAAACGUAAAGGACCGAAGAAAGUUUUAAGGUGGAAAACAGAUUUAGAAUCCAUACGUUACUUUGAAUUGGAUGAAACAGAAAGAGUUAAUGUAACAAAAACAUUCACUGAUAUGAAACAGAUGGAAAAGCAAAACGAAAGAGAAGCAUUCCAAAUGGCCAGAAAAUUAAAUAACGAAGAUUUAAUGGAAGAGAGAACAAGGUGGAAGCCUCUGAUUCCUAUUGAUCAACCGCCUCCAUUAGUAGAGCCUGGCAAGGAUAGUAAAGAGAAAGAUAUUCAAUAUGCUCGUGAAAAAGGCAUCCUUCAAGCGCUUUACUUUAAUCGAAGCAUGAUUCCAGACUCCGCGGCUGAACCCGACGAAGAACGGCAUCAUGUGAUGACCGAUCCUAAAAUAAUACCGUUGGAUGAUCUUACGGGCAAUAAGGAAAGCGAAAAGGAUUUCACAUCAGUACCGUGGCCAGAACCUAAACCACAGUUGACGCCGCAACCACCAACCGUGACAACGUUUCAUUAUCCCACGACAUUCUCUCAUAAUCAACAAACUAUGAUGACGCCUAUGGGUCCUCAAACGACGAUGGGUCCGAUGCCACAGAUGCCUCAGCAAAUGAUGCCCCCGUCUCAUAUAGCUCCGAUGACCCAGGAGAUGCCGGCACCAACGAUGCCAGGCAGUGGGGGUGGUGGUUGGAGAACGGGUGAUGGAAAAGUUCUUGUACCGGAUGUUGGAAUGAAUCCGAUGGCGAAUAUGCCGGGUAAUUUCAAUCAGGGAAUGGAAGGGGCCCCUAUGGUUCCGCCAGGAAUGAUGGGACCACCACCUAUGUACAAUCAACAGCAAGAAGGCUACGGCAUGAUGUGUCCGGAAGAUAUGGGAUUCAACAAUAUGAAUCCUAAUUUUCAGGGACCGCCCGGACCAAUGUACGGUCCAGGACCUAAUUUUCCAGGACCUAGAGGCGCCCCUAUGCACACCAGAGGUAGGGGAGGCCCUGGUUGGGGAUAUCGCGGAGCUGGACCCCCAAGGGGUGGUUGGCGAGGUGGUGGUGGUGGCUGGCGAGGAAACGGUAAACAGCCACCAGUAUGCAGACAAUUUUCGAAAAAUGGCUUUUGUCGAGUCGGUGAUAAAUGUCAGUAUCUUCAUCCUGGUGUGAACUGUCCGCCAUUUUAAAAGUGAAAUUGAGAGUGAUAUUUAUAUAAUUAAACUGAUCAUUGAUAUGCGAUUAGAAGAGUGUCUUCGAUUAGGAUAGAUAUCCGCGAGAAAAAAAGAUAGAGAGAAAGAAUGGGAUCAACUGUCAGCGUUACAUUGAUAGACUGAUUUAUCUAAUGAUCUUUCUCCAGGAUAUUCGAUGACGAUUUGCUUGGAAAGCAGAUACAAAAACAUACGUGCAACUACUGCGCAUAAUAUAAGAAAAGUGAUAAUGUGCAAUUUUCUUUUCCUUUUUUUGUUUUGUAAAAAUCCAUUGCAUGAAUAUAUGGAUAGAAUUUCUCUAUUUAAUACUUGAUGCGCUUAAAAGUUUUGUAAAUAUAAAUGGCAUUUCUCAAUAUAAGUAUUUUAUAGAGACUUGUCGUAAUAUUGCGAGUGCUGUCAAUAUUAUUAAUUAAAUAAUUAAUAAAAUUAUUAAUAAUUAAUAAUAAUUUGUAAUUUGACAUCAAAUUUAGUAUUAAAUGUUUUCACAUUAAAAUGAUUACUUUUAUUAUCUGAAAAAAGCACAUACACACAUUAUUAAUAUUAUGUAUUAAAUAAUUGCAGAUAUUCUAAAAUCCAUGAUUUUAGAUAAUGAACAUUCAUGUAUGGUUUGUAUUGACAGCACUAUGCGACAUCGUCAAAUAUAAAUGCGUUGUAAAAUCGGAUAUGACCAUGCUAGGUUCGGCUGCUGGACAGCACAAGAACAAUCUCUAGGUAACAUCUCGAAAAUAUAGAUUUUUCUAAUAUAAUUUUA